GCUCGGCAGUUCUUCCGCUAGCGACAGGAGCAGCAGCAUCCUCCUCCUCCUCCUCCCGAAGAUGACGGCGCUGAGGUGCAUCGGCAGCUGCCUGCCGUUAUUCGUCAUGGCGAUCGUCUUCGACAUCCUCGGUGUGGUCCUGCUGUUCGUCGGGAUAUUCGGUAACGUGCGGAUGCACGGCGUGUUUUACGGGGAUUUCCUCAUCCACACCGGCGCGCUGGUCUUGUUCGCCAGCCUGGCCUUGUGGCUCAUGUGGUACGUGGGGAACAUCAGGGAGAAGGAUGAAGGUUUGGCGCGCAGAUCGAGCGCCGCGCACAGCGUUAAAGAGCUCGCGAGGAAGCUCACGGAGAGAAUGUCCAAAACACACCUGAAGGACAACACCGGUGAGAAAACAGGAAGCAAAGCUUCCACCAUUCGAAACAUAACGUGGGGAAAAUCCACCUAUUUCCCAGGACACAAGGAUCUCGAAUCGGAUAUGAUCAAAUGUGAUGAACUAUCCAAAGAAAAAUCAGAUGAUGAUCAGUUAAUGUGCUACCAGAAUCAAGGGUACGAGGACGAGGAGUCAUGCAAACCAAUCCAGGAGGAGACAGAUGACCAGACCCGGUCAGAAGACGGUUCUGAAUCAGAUGUGAGCAAAUGCAGUGAAGCGUCUCAGGAGAAAAAGCCUGGAGAUGAUCAGUUCACCUGUUACCAGAACGAAGGGUACGAGGAAUCAGAAUCAGCCGCGACCAAAGACGGUGAAAAACCUCAUGAGGAGAAGCCAGAGGAUCAGCCAGAGAGCAUUGAUGUUCUGCUGUGAAAAGAGGUCCUUAAGCAAUGACUGAAUAACCGAGAACCUUCAAUAGUCUUCAAACAUUUGCCAUCAGCAGUACAUCUAGAGAUACUGCGUACAACUCAAAUGAUACUAUAUAUGCUUUAAUAUAGUAAAACACAGCUGUCUGUUGUGUUUCUGUAUGGGGGGUUGAAGAUUCUCAUUGGCCUGAUAUCUAUAAAGCAGGGUGGCUGAUAUAAUGCUAGAAUACUUUUAAUGGACACCAAAUUGGUGAAAUGAAGCGAACUCUUACUUUGCACAAUAUUUACUCAAAAUUCAUUAGAAGAAUUUAUAAUGCUUUGGCAAAACUGUUGGCAAAUUACCUCUAGAAGUGGAGGUUACAUCAGCCAAAUGUUGAUAAUCCUAAAAUGGCCAAAUAUUGUCUGAUAUAUAGCCAUUCAGUGUGUGUUGUAACGUCCACUUGUGUUGUGUUUUUGUUAUUGAUGAUAUUCUGUGUUGUAAAAUGCUGCUCAGGUACAGCCCUUGUUUUUGCACAUCCUCAUUUGUAAAUUCAUGCAUCAGCUCAUGCAUGGUAGGAAUCCAUUUCCCUUUCAAAGUGGCAGCUGAGCGCUCAUGCAAACUCCUCAAGCCAUUUCAUUUGUUAGUCGAUCUACACUCGAUGCUAGUGUCAUCAGUGACCAAACCAGUCCGACAGCAAAUACAAUGGACUGAAAAUUCAUUCAAGGGACCUGUUGGUUCAUCUUGGCACACAAACAUUUAAUACUGCACCAAUACGGCAAAAAAAAAAAACAUUUUUUUUCGAGUAUAUUUUUUUAAAUAUUAUAGUAGUGAGCGAGUUAUGUGAACAUAACUGUAUAUGAAAAAAUUGCAUGAUUUAUGUAAAUGUAAAACACAUAAUCUUGACAUGCCAAGCAAAUCCUGACCGUGCAUACUCCCUCUUUCACUCGCAAUACUGUAGUUGUCGUUUUAACCGAUGCAAUAUGAAAUGCAUGUAAACUUAAAGCCCAAGUUUGUGUAAACAAUUAAAUCACAUUU